AUGGUUUCACGGAAAACUAACACCGAUUUUUUAAGUUGUCUUGUCAAAAUAGAAGUACGUUUCUUUCGUUUUUUUAUCAUCGCCUAUUGUGCCUUGAAAGUUGUGAUACCAAUCACCGUGACAGCAAAUCCACUAGUAAAUACGGAUGUUAAUAAUAGUACAGGUAACUGUUUGUCAAACUACCAUGCACUGUUCAACGAUUUGUUCGAUGAUUAUAAUAAAUUACUACGCCCAGUUCGUGACGCAUCUGUAGCUACCAAUGUUACGUUUGGGAUUUCCGUGAUUCAAAUAAUUGACGUGGAUGAACGAAAUCAAAUCAUCACUAUGAGCAGUUGGAUGAGACAGAAAUGGGUUGACGAGUACCUGCGUUGGAACCCUGAUGACUACGGAGGAAUCGACGUCAUACGACUACCAGCGACAUUAUUAUGGCGACCUGAUAUCACUUUAUACGAUAACGUGGACGAGAAGUUUGAACGCAUAAAAGACGCUAAUGCUAUUAUAAACUCGGAUGGUAGCCUAACGUGGUUGGCCCCGGCCAUUUACAAAAGCGCAUGUAAGAUAGACGUUCGUUAUUUCCCCUUUGACAUUGAAAAGUGCUCAAUGAAGUUUGGUUCUUGGACUUUUGAUGGUGCGGAAAUUAACCUAACCGCUGAAAUGCCAUCGGCGGACAUCGCGAAUUUUAAGCCGAACGGCGAAUGGGAGUUGGUUGAUGCCCCUGUAAUACGAAAUGUAUUGGUGUACCCAUGCUGUGAGGAAAUAUUCCCCGAUCUGACAUACACGAUAAUCAUCCGCAGAAAACCAACAUUUUAUGUCCUAAACUUGCUACUACCGAAUGUACUGAUCUCUGUGUUGGCAACAAUGUCAUUUUAUUUGCCGCCUGAUUCUGGUGAGAAAAUUGCUCUAAGUAUGACCAGUUUACUGACCCUCUUUGUCUUCAAUCAGGUAGUUGGGGAAACCAUGCCCCCAACGUCCGAUGAUGUACCAAUUAUCGCUCAAUAUUUUUCGUCAAUGAUCGUUAUUGUGUCUAUUUCGUGCGUUACGACAGUAUGGGUGUUGAACCUCUACUACGUGCCAUCUGGAUACACUACUGUUCCGCGUUGGUUCCGAAAAUUUGUAUUUGAUUUCUUGGCGCCAGUGGUUUAUUUUCAGCGGCAUUAUUCGCCGAAGUCAACAGCCAGUAAAACCCACAUUGCUGCGGACGAACACGCAGGGGCAGUACGCACGCGCCACGACUUCGACGGCUUCUUGAUUUACAACGGAAACUCCAUUCAAGAAAAUUCAACAAAAUCUGAGGAAAUGCGAGAACUGGAGUCGGAAAUCAGGUCAGAUGUGACUUGUGCUCGCUGCGAUAAGAAACUCGACAAUAUCAACAGUCAUGUGACACAGUUUUCUAGAAGGUACCAAGAAAAAGACAGUAGAGAAAAAGAUGUACAUGAAUGGCGAGAAAUUGCAGAGGUCAUUGACCGAUUUAUGCUACAUUUGUUUCUCAUUAGCAUAGCAAUAACAACAACUGUGCUUAUGGUGAGAGUAGUAUUUGGAUCCGCUGACAGAUAG